AUGACAGGAAAAGAGACCGAAAACAACAACAGCAGAGAUGCAACCCUGCCUGUUCAUGAGCCCUCAUCAGCAUCCCCAUCAGAAGCGACACUGAAGAAUAGGGAAUUCCGUCGAGAGGCUGCAGCUUUCCUGGGAGAGUUCAUUGGAACAUUCAUGUUCUUGUUCCUCGCCUUCACAGGAACACAGAUUGCUCUCAACGCUGCUGGAAGUACACAAUUGACCAGCUCCAACAGCCCAGCGCCUGAUGUCUCGAAGCUCAUUUACAUUGCAUUCGCAUUCGGUGUAUCUCUCGCCAUCAAUGUUGCGAUCUUUGCAGACAUCAGCGGUGGAAAAUUCAAUCCUGCGGUAACAACAGCUCUCUUACUAACUGGCAAAAUCACUUGGCACCGCGCGAUUCAGACUAUCGUCUCCCAGAUACUUGCUGGUAUGGCCGCUGCUGGGUUCGUGAGCGGUCUACUACCAGGCCCUCUCAUUAUUGCCACCACACUCGAUCCGUCCAUUUCGACCACGCGCGGCUUGUUCCUGGAGGCCUUCGUCACUGCCCAGCUCGUACUCACCAUCCUCAUGCUCAAAGGUGGAUCAGCCAAGCCGAUGUAUAUCGGCUUUUCGCUCUUCAUCGCUGAGAUAUGCAGUGUCUUCUUCACCGGUGGCAGUCUGAACCCUGCGCGCAGUUUUGGCCCGGCCGUUUGUGUGGGCUUUACCAGCUACCACUGGAUUUACUGGAUUGGUCCGCUUUUGGGUUCUGUACUUGCUAGUGGCGCAUAUGCGCUCAUCAAGUGGGUGCGUCAAGAACAGGAGUGA